GAUGGCUCAUGUACUCCCCUUAGAGCAUUUUUAUCUCUGAAGCCUUAUGUUAACGAUCAGCCACCACAGCUUCUCAUAAGCACCGAUCUCUUUGUCCCUCCUGUUUCAGUUCUCAUCCCACCGCCAGUUACAAAUGCAGGUAGCCUUCCUACCACUCCCACCUCAUUGUUACCACCUGCACCCCCUGUUGAUGGUCAGCGGAAGCCAUAUCAUCUAAUGAACCUCCUUGCGCAUAGUAUGACGUCUAGAACGGGGGGAUACAUCACACGACGUUUGCAUGUGCCACAAGAAGUAUGGUCACAAGGGGGGGCAAAGCUGAGCAAUAUAUUGGAGAAGGUACGCGUAGUAGAAGUGCUUUGUUCUGCUCUGGAGGAGAUGCAGCAAUACAGUGCCGAAUAUUUCGGCGCGGGCAGUGUCUGCAGUGGAUUUGCAUUAGGUAUUGGGAGUGUCGGAAGGAAAGAAGCUGAAGCGUGGAUGAGUAAGUUGGAGGAGUUUUCGGCAGUAUGUGAUAGUGUGGUAGCAAACUUUGGUAAAAAGCUAGGCGUCGGUGAAGGCUUUGUGCUGAAGAAAAGUAGCGGAGUGACGUCAUGGGGCGGUAAGCUCACGCGGCAAUUUGACAAGUUUACCAACGGGAAGAAUCUCGAUUCACCUGCCGCUUAUGUUAAUGGAUUGAGCAAACUCUUUUCACAAACGCAGCUCCUCGACGAACAUACCAAGGCCCUCACGUCGCAGCCUAUUGCUCCUAUAUAUGCUGCAUUUCCCACAGACGUAAGGUCAACCGUAGAGGUUAGAUUGAGGCGUGUAUCCGAGUUUUUCGCCACUGUCGUUUUAACUUUCGUGGUCAGAGACUUAGCCCAAUUGCUGGAAAAAUAUGCGAAGAAGUGCGAGAAAUGGCUUGCCGAAUGAUGCAUAAGGGGGGCUAGUGUAUUUAUAAAAAUGUCGAUGAGGUCAGAAUUGAGGAAGCAAAAGAGGUAUUAUCAGUAGUAGAGACAAUAUCAGCAAUACCUGCUGCUAUCAUUGGGCGGCUGUUCGUACUAUCAGUAUUUUGCGAUGAAAGUUUCUUAAAGUUGUCUUAGCUCACUCUUUUCCAAGGCUAACAACCAAAUGAACAGAAAUCAUAACCUGACUUUGUGA